AUGGCGCCAGCAGCAUCCUCCGGCGGCAAGAAGCAGAAGAAGAAGUGGUCCAAGGGCAAGGUCAAGGACAAGGCCAACCACGCAGUGAUUCUCGACAAAGCCACCUCAGACAAACUCAACAAGGAUGUGCAAUCAUACCGACUGGUCACCGUCGCCGUACUGGUUGAUCGUCUGAAGAUCAAUGGAUCGCUAGCUCGCAAGGCCCUCGCCGACCUCGAGGACAGAGGCAUCAUCCGCAAAGUCGUCGCACACUCCAAGGGAAGCAUCUACACGAGAGUCGCCGCUGGUGCUGAUUAG